CGACAGUCGGCCCACGUUUUUCAAUAUGGAGCGCAGCGAGUAUAUAAGCAGGCUGCUAGCACGAGUUCCACAGAGUCUUCUCUCAACCGGCUGCGUGAAUAAUGCGGUGACCACGACCCGCACCUUCGAUCAUCGACGCCGAAAGGCUGCUCGCUGAGGUCUUCAAGCUGCGCACGGAUGCCGAAAAAGGCGGUAAGAGAGGCCGCAAAUUAUACAAGUCAGUUACGGACUUGGUGAUAAUUCAGUGGUAGCCCAGUAACAAUUUGCAAGUUGGCACGGGACUUCGGAAGUAAAAAGUAUGUGUCGGACUUUGCAGUAAAAUGACCAAGGGGAACAUAGAAAAUUCCGCCGAGGGUCAUGAAGUGGUUUGCGACUAGGAGCAUAACAGAGUUCUGCUCAGCAAUACUUUAAAAAAAAUAUAUUUUCUCGUUCUAUUAAUACGGUGAAAAUAAAAGGUGCUACUACUUGAUUAAAACGUUAAGAGCGUAGUGCAGUGGCAUUAGCGGGACUAUCAGUCGUGGCGUUUAAGACUACCUAUGAACAUAAACAAGGAGGUAAAUUUUUAAUGAAAAACUGUUUUAAAAUAAUUUCAAGCAACAGCAUGUUAGGUGAUUUGUCUCCAAUUCUCUGCACUAGUAUAGUGUUCGUUUUAUUACCAAAUAGUGUGAAUUAAGAGCCGGCGAAAAUGUGCAAGUAUCAGGGAAUCAGCACGGCGACAGAGGUAGAAUAAAGAAAUUCGCUCCGUCGAUGUUUCCGGUCCGACUGGGGUGAUCAGGUCAAGGAUCAACGGAAAUAAAAAAACACUCGCCGCUAUCACUUAAACGACACUGAAGAUUUUAGCCAAUUUUAUUUGGGGAGAAGUGUUGAAAUUUAAAUUGUGUUAGAAAUAUCUCGUUCCUAAGUCUCUGGUACUGUUAAAACAAUGUCUAAUUUUGAUCUGUAAGUGAAGGUUUAAGUAUUUUGUAUUAAAAAGAAUUUGUAAUUAUAACUUAAAGAAAAGGGUCCAGUUAGAAUUAUUUAUUGAGGAAUAAUUCGUGUGGUUAUGAGAAAAUGUUUAAAAAGUAGUGAAUGGUACGUAAUUUUGUAUAAAUUUAUUUCAGGUGUUUUGUUGGUAAUCGCUGGAACAUGAAUUGUAGCAGUAAUGUGUAACAGCCAACAUAAUAAGAAAAUUUAUAUUAAUGUAUGAGGAUCAUAUGUGUUUGUAUAAUGUGUGAAUAAAUCUCUGUACAUGCCGUACUAAAUAUGUGUUAUACAUUGCUCUGUGUUUCCUUAAGCUCUUGUUGCCAUUCUAAUUUCCAACGACUAGGUAACAAGAAAAUUGCGCUACUCUGCUCACAGAGUGUGUGCGGUGUGUCAGAACACACAUUGGUUCAGUACAGUAAAAUUACAAAAUUUCAAAUUUCAAAAAGAAAGAGGGUUUUGAGCACAAGAGGUUGAAGUCACAGUUUUGCUAAUGAAGGUUUUUAGUAUUGUUUGUAUUUUGUGUAUAAGUGUAAAUUACUGCCUUACAAUGCCUUUUACAGGGACUGGUUGGAUCCAGGAUUUAUCCAAGGCUACGCUGGGACGACUGUUAGUGGACCUGAAAUUGCCUGACGUGGACCCGGAGAACAUGACGAUGGACGAACUUAGACAACGAGCACGAGCCCAUUUCAACAAAAGUAGUGAGUCCUCUUCCGACGGACAUAUACCGGGCAUACCUAAGAUAAAGGAAAGUAGAUGUUUGGAGUUCAUAGUUAAACCGGUGUUAGAUCACUUGCCAGUCUUGAAAAAUUGUGAACCUGAAAAUAUAAUACUAUUUUUGUGUUUAGUGGAGGAAGUCCUUGACUUGAAUAUUUUGAAUUCAGGAUCAAUUUUCAGCUUAUUGUUAACCCAUGUGCCGAGUGAGUUAAGGGCACUGGUAAUUAAGGCACAAUGCAAUAAUUGGGCUUGGGAGCAAGUUAAACAGGAAAUGAUCUUUUUUAACACUAAUCAGAAAACACGCGAGCGACUGCGGGAUAGGUUUAUCUGUAGAAGUCAAGGGGAAGACGAGUCAGCUCUGGCAUUCGUGACUGAUAUUACCAAGUAUGUUAAAGUGCUAGGGAAUCCCUAUUCGGAGUUAGAGUUAGUCGAGAUUAUAGAGGAUAAUCUUUGCACCGAAAUUCGUACCCAUUGUCUGGUUCAGAAACCAUCAUCCAUAGAGGAGCUAAUAGAGGUUGUUUCGAAGGCUGAAUGUAGGAUGAGUAUGGGAAAAUAUAAAAUUAAAAUAGAAAAUAAGCCUAGAAAGUAUUUAGAGAGGGCUAGAUGUGAAACUUGUGGAAAAACAAAUCAUGUGACGAGUAAUUGUUAUUACCGAAAAAGGGGCGGUAAUCCAACUGAUAAAACUACCGUUGACAGAAACCGACAAGACCAUAAAAAGGGGGCUUGUUUUAAAUGUGGGGAUAUAGGGCAUUGGAGUAAUAUAUGUCCUACAAUGUCUAAGAAACCUGAGUAAAACAAUUUAUUAGAAAUGGGUACUAGUAACUGACAAUGGCUUGAGUUUAGUAAUAUAAUAUCUGCUUGUGACCCAAUUAUAAAUACAUUUGUCUGGGUAAUGUCAUGUGUAUACAUGUGUUGGAAUCUUGUUUUUUUUUGAUGUUAAACAGAAACUUAGACCUAAGUGAUAUCUGAUCGAAAGCCGGAGUUUUCGAUUCGCCGUCCUGUGGAGAUAUGUUACGCAGGUUGGUACUGCGUAACGAGGAAACUCGCCCCUGCGGGCUAGUGGGAUACCACCCGCCAUACACUGCACGGACUCGGCACGCGAAUUUCAAUUAAAGCUGUCUGGCCUACUAUUAACCAUGUCCCUUUCCAUCAGCUGUAAUUCUUAAGAAUGGUAACUCCUGAGUAACAUGGUAAAUGAUCACUAUGUGAAAGGUUUGCUAGGUUAACAAGGAUCUGUAAUUCUGAAAAUGGUAGCUCUAAGUGAAAGAUUUAUUAGUGUAUAAUAAUAACACAAUUAUUUUUUUAAAGUAAUUAAUUCUUUAAAAGAUAUGUAUUUCCCUGCUUAAAUUCUUUCAUUUUAAUCCUUACUCAACUUAUUUACCAAAAACUAAUAGUCUCCAAAAUUACCACAUAUACUAUUAAAUUUUGAUAUAAAAUCUCAAAUUAAAAUUGCAAAACAAACUCCCAGAUCAUUUACCAUGAUAAAAAUAUUUUGGUAUUUUGGCAUUCUUGUCAGGUACAUGUUUCCAAGCUGGUAUUCCUAAAUAUGCUCCUUUCCCACUACGGCCACUACUUACGCACCAUAGUGCAGGCAGUAAGGCAUACUUAGUUUCUGAUUUACCUGAACACUUCUGGAAGAAAACAUGCCUAAAACACUGAAUCUCUUUAUUCCUACCUUGUGAUACUUUCCAUCAAGUGGUCCGCAAAUAUGUAAUGUGGCUUAAAACACAAAUAUCACAGACCAUUGUUCAAAGUCUUUAUUACAUGAUACAUCGCUGGGUAAUUUUAUUUCAUCUCUUAACAUUGGAACGUAAAAUUGUACUAAGUCGGUAAUGAGAAACAGUAUCACAUAAACAUCAUUUGCAGUUUAGACAAACAUAAUUUUUUUUUGAACGAGAGUAACUAGAAUAAAAAAAUAUAUUUUUUUUAAUUUGUCAGAAAAUUAAACUACUGGUAGAAGAUGGAGCAUGAGAAUAGUUUUUUUAUUUUGUGAUCAGAUGUUCACAGUAGUAAUCAUAUUUUGAACUGUUAGUUACAAAAAAUUUCACCACAAAAUGCCAAACUUCUGCUGUAAGAGGUAGAAAAAGAGGCAGGUUUUUUAAAUGUGUAGACAGUGACAUUCCUCUAGUUUCAAAGGUUAAAUGUGCAAAACUUUAUUUGUGUAGAAUAAAAUUGUACAUUUGUAUAUUAAAAAAAAAAAAAACCGCAUGCAAACAAACAUACACACUUAAUUUGUAUCAAUAUAAAUGUUUAUUUACAUGUUCGUUAUUAAUCUCCUUGAUUGUGUUUGUAAGAUUAAUUUUUUGUUACAAGUAAAAAAUAUAUAAAUGUUGUAAGACCUAGUGAAAAAUGACCAAGCUAUAAUAGUAAUUACAACAAUUAUGUGAACAAAUAACCAUCAAUAACUCUAACUCUAGUGUGUUAAAAUGUAGUAAAAAUUUAUGUACCUACUUAAAAUAAUUCUUAAGUGACAGGAUUUAAACCUGGAAACUUGUAAUCCAUAACUACGUACAAACCACUGAGCCAAAUAAACAUAAUAAUUUACUGUGAAAAA